UGUGACGUGAGACGGUAAGAAGGGGGGAAGGGGUUUGCUGGCGGAUAUCUCUGUUAGCAGGACGGACAACCUGCUGUAUAAAUAUUUUUGAUUUGCAGGCGACCAUACCCGUCCUCUAGCUCCCAGAGAUUCUCUCUCCUUCUCAGUUAAGGAAGUUCAAGAAGCAGCACCACCAUGGAGUGCCUGAGCCAGUGGCCGGAGCCGGUCCACCGGGUACAGUGCAUAUCGGAAAGCGGGGUCGAGGCCAUCCCUGACAGGUACGUGAAGCCCCCAUCUCAGAGGCCGGCGCCGCAGGAACUCGCGGACGCCGGCAUCAGCAUCCCCCUCGUCGAUCUGAGCGGCCUCGACGACGAGUCCCGCCGGGCGUCGACGCUCCGGGAGAUAUCCGACGCCUGCCGCGAGUGGGGCUUCUUCCAGGCCAUUAAUCACGGCGUCCCCGACGACCUCCUGGACAGGAUGAGGGAGGUGUGGCGCGGCUUCUUCCAUCUCCCGCUGGAGGAGAAGCAGGUCUACGCCAACAAUCCAAAGACGUACGAAGGUUACGGGAGUCGCCUCGGCGUCGAGAAGGGCGCCAUUCUUGACUGGGGAGACUACUUCUUCCUCCUCCUCCUUCCCUCCCAUGUCAAGGACUCCAACAAAUGGCCUGCUCUCCCGGAAAACUGCAGGGAUACAAUCGACGAAUACUCCAAGCGCGUUCAGGCACUAUGCGGGAGACUGCUGAAGGCCAUGUCCAUCAGUCUGGGGCUGAGAGAGGAUUUUUUGAAGGAUGCCUUUGGUGGGGAGGUGAGCGCUUGCCUGAGAGUGAAUUACUACCCCAAGUGCCCGCAGCCGGACCUCACCCUCGCCCUCUCCUCUCACUCCGACCCCGGCGGCAUGACCGUCCUUCUCGCCGACGACAAGGUGAAGGGCCUUCAGGUCCGCAAGGACGACAAGUGGGUCACCAUAGCUCCCUAUCCCCACUCUUUCAUCGUCAACGUUGGUGAUCAGAUUCAGGUGAUUAGCAAUGGCAUAUUCAAAAGUGUGGAGCACAGGGUGGUGGCUAAUUCUGGCAGGGAGAGGAUCUCCGCGGCCUUUUUUUGCAAUCCGAAGACGGAUGUCCCCAUAGGGCCAGCACCAGACCUGGUAUCCAAUGAGCGUCCGGCGCGCUACGUAUCGAUGACAUUCGAUGAGUAUAGGCUUUUCAUUCGGCAGGUGGGCCCCCGUGGUAAAUGUCAAGUUGAGUCCUUGAAGAAGAGGCCCACACUGGAUAAAGUGGACGGUCCGUAGUAGUUUGAAACUGGCUCUGAUACCAAUUUGAUGCAGAAAAAAAAGGAUAAUAGAGUGGAUUCAUGUAUGCUUUUUUACCAUAAAGUACUAGAGUGAGCAGACGAUGUGGCCGAAGGAAUCAAUUAAUUAGUGGCUAAGGGGAGGAGAGAAAGAAGAAGAAGAAGAAGAAGACAAGGUCUGUGAUUCCCGUAGAUUGAUUCCUCAACAUGUUUGUUGGUUUUGUCCUUGUGAAUAAUGAAAUAUCUUUAUAUCUUCCAGUUA